AUGACCGUCUCGCUUGUUGUCGCGCUGUUCAACUCGCCCUUCGUCCUCACCACCCUCGCCUUCCUCCUCUUCACCCUCCUCGUCUCCAAGACGCGCAGCAAGGUUGCUGCCCGGGGAACGUUGCCUCCGUCGCCGCCCAGCCUGCCAGUCUUCGGCCACCUUCGUCUACUCGGGAGCCUGCCGCACAGGAGUCUCCGGUCACUGGCCGCCUCCUACGGCCCGGUCAUGUACCUACGCCUCGGGCGUGUGCCCACCGUCGUGGCGUGCUCCGCGGCCGCCGCGGAGGAGGCCAUGAAGACCCGCGACCUGGCCUUCGCCAGCCGCCCCAAGCUGUUCAUGGUCGACCGGUUCUACUACGGCACGGGCGGCAUCGGGUUCGCGCCGUACGGCGAGCACUGGCGCCAGGCCCGCCGCGUCUGCGUCACCCACAUGCUUAACCCGCACCGCCUCAUGUCCUUCAGACGCGUCAGGGGGCAGGAGGUCGCCGCCCUCGUCGACCGGGUCCGCCGCGCCGGCACCGUCGUGAACCUGAGCGACAACCUCAUCGUCUACUCUUUCACCGCCAUCUCUCGCGCCACGUUUGGCGACACGAACUACGGGAUCGACGGCGACGAGGGGGGAGCGAGGCUGAGGAAGGUGUUCGCCGAGAUCGAGGAGCUCCUGGGCACGGUCCCCAUGGGGGAGAAGGUGCCAUGGCUGCGGUGGGUCGACGUCCUGACGGGACUGGAGCGGAAGACGAGGCGCGCUUUCGAGGAGAUGGAUGGACUGCUCGAGCGGGUCAUCACGGACCAUCGCCAAAGGCGUGGCGCCGGGGACGACGAUCAGCGUGACUUCGUGGACGUGCUGUUAGGUGCCAACGAGCUCGACACGAACGGCAUCAAGGCCAUCAUCCUGGACAUGCUUGCUGCCGCCACGGAUUCAACGUUCACGUUGCUGGAAUGGGCCAUGGCGGAGCUCAUCAACCACCCGCAAGAAAUGCGCAAGCUCCAGGACGAGGUCCGCACGGCCGUUGGCGACGCCGGCCACGUCACCGAGGACCAUCUGCCGGAUCUGCGCUACCUGAAGGCCGUCGUCAAGGAGACCCUCCGGCUCCACCCUCCCACGCCGCUCCUCCUGCCCCGGGAGACGGUCGAGGACACCCAGCUGCUCGGCUACCACGUCCCGGCAGGCACGCGGGUGCUGAUCCACGCCUGGGCCAUCGGCCGUGACCCAGCGACGUGGGGCGACCGCGCCGAGGAGUUCCUACCGGAGAGGUUCUUGGAGUACACCCACGAGAUGGGGCAAGACUUCGCGUUCUUGCCCUUCGGCGCCGGGAGGAGAGGUUGCCCUGGGGUCAGGUUCGCCAUGCCGUCCAACGAGCUGGCCCUAGCGAGCCUGGUGUACCACUUCGACUGGGAGCUAGUCGGCGGGAGGAAGCCGCCCGUGGACAUGACCGAGCUGCACGGGCUCUCCGUGCGCCUGAAGACGCCUCUGCUUCUGGCUGCUAAACCGUGGUCAGGCCGUGGUGUCGAAUGA